ACGAUGGGCCACCAGCUGGAAAAGAUGUUAAUGGAAUGCACGUUAAAUAACAAGGCGUGCUACGCGCAGAACUUCACCCAAUUUUACUCUGUGAAACACGGCAACUGUUUUACUCUUAACCCAUCUGGAUUUCGCGCCUCUAAGAGUGGACCUGGUGCAGGUUUGGACAUGACACUUGAUAUCCAAACAGAAGAAUAUAUCGAAACGUUUGCAACCGGAUAUGGCGUGAAAGUGGUGAUACAUGAAAAUGGGACACUUCCGUUCCCAGGCACAGAGGGGGUAAUGCUUUCGGCUGGAGCAGAGAGCCACGUGAUCCUGAAACUGAUAAAUAUUCAGCGCCUGUCUGGGAAAUACGGGGUAUGCAAUGUAUCGGAUGAAUUCAAGCGACUCUAUGGAAUACAGUAUUCGGAGAAGGCCUGUCGGGAACUGUGCUUAAGAACUCUGACCAUUUCCAACUGCUCUUGUCAGCCUGGCCAGGACUUUACCUUCACAUUUAACACCCAGGUCAACGUCAAACACUGCGGCACUCCAAAAGAAUGGCAAUGUGAAGAUAAAGUUUACGUUGGGUACAUCGCAGAUACAACAAAGGGAAAGAACCCAUGUCACUGUGGCGCUGCUUGCGUGCAAAAGGAUUUUGACACAAGAAUUACCACCAGAGAUUGGCCACUUUUAAAACACGUGGUUACUCUGGAAGCUCAAAUUUGUAAAAAUAAUGAUGGAGUACAUGCGAAAUGUGAAUAUGAAAACUGGACUGUUGAAAACUAUGUAAAACGCAAAUCUUCCUUUGUACGAAUACGAGUGUAUUACGGAACUCUUAAUUAUGAAAGUAUCACAGAGACUCCCGAAUACACGUUGGAGAGAUUUCUGUCUGACAUCGGAGGAACUUUGGGACUAUGGAUUGGAUGUUCAGUGCUCAGCCUUGUGGAAGUUGUCGAGGUCCUUAUGGAAGUUACCUUCCUCGUGUUUAAAAAGAACUGAAAGUAUGAAUCACAACACUGGCCCCCUGCCUGUCCUACGUUGCUGAAUGUGCUGCAGCAGCUGGGGUACUUGAAGAACGAAAAACAAGAGUUCAUCAUUUGAUUCCAUUUUCAAACGCUGACGUUGAUCUUUUACCAACCUUCAUCCUUCAACUCCUUUUUGUUUGUUUGUGAGUGUACAUGCCCUGAGCCGUAGAGCUCUGUUUGUGGUGACACAGACAAAAUACAAUCAGUGACUUACAGUAAUAACUAUGUGGAUCUGUUUGUGGUGACAUAGACCAAAUACAAACAAUCAGUGACUUACAGUAAUAACUAUGUGGAUCUGUGUGGUGACAUAGACCAAAUACAAUCAGUGACUUACAGUAAUAACUAUGUGGAUCUGUCUGUGGUGACGUAGACAAAAUACAAACAAUCAGUGACUUACAGUAAUAACUAUGUGGAUCUGUUUGUGGUGACACAGACCAAAUACAAUCAGUGACUUACAGUAAUAACUAUGUGGAUCUGUUUGUGGUGACAUAGACAAAAUACAAACAAUCAGUGAUUUACAGUAAUAACUAUGUGGAUCUGUCUGUGGUGACAUAGACAAAAUACAAACAAUCAGUGAUUUACAGUAAUAACUAUGUGGAUCUGUUUGUGGUGACACAGACAAAAUACAAACAAUCAGUGACUUACAGUAAUAACUAUGUGGAUCUGUCUGUGGUGACGUAGACAAAAUACAAACAAUCAGUGACUUACAGUAAUAACUAUGUGGAUCUGUUUGUGGUGACACAGACCAAAUACAAUCAGUGACUUACAGUAAUAACUAUGUUAUGUAUGUAGGUAGGUAAGUUGGUAGGUACCAUAUGUGUAUAUACGUAAAUACGCACACAGUAGGCUAACUGAUAUCACAUUGAUCAUAGCAUUUAUAACAUUAUAAUAGUGAUGAAAGUGUAAUGGAUCGACUAAACAUUUGUGCAUGAGAGUGGGCCGGCAAAAUGUAUUCAGCAUUUACUGGAAAGUUUAACGUUUUUGUGUGAUUCAGACUUGUAUAUUUGUAUGUAUGUAAUGACAGUGGACAGAAUGUCUCAUAGUUAUGAGGUAUAGUAUUUUAUCAUUAUGUGGAAUCUACAGUGUUUUAGAAAGCUCAGCUUUUAAAAACGUUUAAUAUUUAAGCGUUUUCAAUAUAUUGUGCUGUUUUGUUUUCUUCACCUGAUAAAUUAUUAUGAUUGAAAACCGGUUUCGUCAAUACGAGCAUCCAACAUGUGCUUUUAUGGCGAAACCUUUUAAGAGGCUACAUUUUCACUUUUACCAAAGCAUCCACCAUUAUAGUACAAGCUGACCUGUCUUGAACAACCACCUGCCUGCCUUAAGAGACCAUCUUUUGAUGACCCCGUUAGUGGCUGCCGAGCACAGGUUUGACUGUAUAAAAAAAAUGGGGGUAAAGAGGCUAUAUAGAUUUAAAUGGUGACAAGUACGUGUUUUUCAAGAGUCCAAAAUGAAAAUUGUUCUUACACAAAAACAUUGCAUAUCACAGAAUAAUAGUACGGUAGUAAAUAAUGUUGAGACGUACAAUAUGAAAAUAAAUGUAUUCCAUCGUAUUGAUUUAUAUAAUUAAGUGUGUUGUCGUGUAAUUUGUUGAAUAAACUCUGCCUGUACGUGGAAGUCGUGGUGGUUUAGAAUUUAGAUGACUGGAGCAAGUCCUCAAAUUCGGGAAACAACAAUAGAAAUAUUCUUGGAAAAUGAUGAGCUGGCAUGAAACCUUUUCACUAUAUGUAUUUCCAUCAUUCUACCCUCAGUAUUAGUUUUAAUCCACAUGAAAAUGCGUAUUGAUUAGUUUGCAAUCAUAUAUAGCUUCUUUUGGAACUUGUUGGCCCCCAAUAUAGCGUGUUCACAUACCCUCCUCUUUCCCAGUUCACAUAUCAUUCACAUACGACAAACGCGCCACACACAUCUGGAACAGCACUUUAAGGCUGAUAUAGACUGGGUGCGUACGGUCCAGAAAAAAAGUCAUAAUUAGUUUCAGUGGAAGCGUCUACACUAGAUGCAUACGAUACGUGCGUCCGAAAACACAUGUGCCCAGCAGCAGUGAAAUAAUCGUAUAUGAUGUGUACGCUCAAAACGUAAGGCGCAAUAGCAGGACCGCAAGCCAACGCCGCAUCCAGUCUAUACAAGCCUUUAGUGGUGACAUUAAUUUGGACAUUCGUAUCUAUAAUCCAGAUAUAGCGGGUUUUCUCUGAUGACUACGCGUCAGAAUGACCAAAUGUUUGACAUCCAAUAGCCGAUGAUUAAUAAAUCAAUGUGUUCUAGUGGUGUCGUUAAACUAAACAAGCUUUAACUAUAAUCCAGAUGACAUAAUGCUCAGACAAG